AGUAAUAAUCCAUAACAAGAAGGUAAGUUUUUACAAUUAUCCAUUUUGAAAGGUGGUGCUUGGGUGAGAGAUUUUAUUGUUCUUUCUUUCUUCCUUUCCCAUUCUCAAUGAAGUCAGGCCACACCGUGAAGGUGCUCGAGCUUUGUAACGUCUCUCCUCCUGCCGGCUUCGUGCGAGAAACCAUCUUCCCUCUCACCCUCUUCGACGUCAGCUGGGUGCAGGCUCCUCCCGUCCAACGCCUUUUCUUCUACGAAUUCCCCAAUAAACCUGAUGAAGAUACCACCACCCACUUCCUAAAUUCCUUCCUUUCCAACUUGAAACACUCUCUCUCCCUCACCCUCCAUCUCUUCUAUCCUCUCGCCGGGAAUCUGACACAGUCACCUGAAACCGGCGAUCACGAGAUCCGCUAUGUCGACGGAGACUCGAUCACGCUAACCAUCGCCGAGUCCGAUGCCGACAUCCACCUACUCGUACAAAACCAUCCAAGAGACAUUGCAGAAUUCUAUCCUCUUUUACCUGAGUUGCACCCAUCUUCUCUAAUGGCCUUGCAAGUCACCAUCUUCCCAAACACUGGCAUCUCCAUAGGAAGCUCCCUGCAUCAUGUGGCAGCCGAUGGCCGUAGCUCGACCCAUUUCAUAAAAUCUUGGUCGUCCAUUUGCAGAACCGGAGAUGACUCUCUGAUAACAUCUCACCCAUCCUACGACAGGACAGUGUUAGCCGAUCGUGAUUGGCUCAAGCGACUCUUCUUGAAGCAGAUGACGGAAUUCCAGUUCGAGCACAUGCAAGUAGCAGACAGCAGAGCGAAUCGUUCCAACAUGCUUCUAGCGACCUUUGCUCUUAGCCGAUCAGAAAUCGAGAGACUCAGGAAGCGAGUCAUGGACCGAGUCGCGGAGACUCGGAAUCCCUUCCAUUGCUCAGCGUUCGUGCUAACGUGCGCGUACGUGUUGGUUUGCCUGGUGAAAGCACGAGGUGACGAUGCGGACGACAAGACCGUCCACUUCGUCUUUUCAGUGGACUGCCGGGCUCGGUGGGACCCGCCUAUACCCGCCACGUAUUUCGGGAACUGUGUCAGCGGGUGCUUCGCCGAGGCGAAGGGGAGAGAUUUGGGAAGCGGAGACGGGCUAUUUGUAGCGGCGGAGGCGAUUGGGAGAGGAAUUCAGAGGUUAGAGGGUGGGGUUUUAGAAGGCGCCGAGACGUGGUUUCCUAGAAUCUGUUCCAUGAUGGGGCAGCGAGUGAUAUCGGUUGCUGCGUCGCCGAAAUUUCGGGUAUACGAUACGGAUUUCGGGUGGGGAAAGCCGAAGAAGACUGAGGUGAUAUCGAUUGAGAAAACCGAUGCCAUUUAUGUAGGGGAUAGCAGAGAUGAAGAAGGCGGGAUUGAGAUUGGUUUGGUUAUGCCCGAACCCGAAAUGAGUGUGUUUGCAUCUCUGUUUGAGGCAGAUCUGAAAGCAAGACAGUAGUACUCCCGUCUGCACUGUAGUUGGAUUUUGGACAUAAAUGAUCUGGGCUGUCCAUUUGCUACCGAUCUCUGUUCAAGAAUGAUCAUGUGAAAAUGACGCUGGUCUGAUUAUCUCAUCCAUCAGAUCAACCGUUCGUUUUCCAAGCUCAGGUGGUGUGCUCCCACUUUUUAGUCCUA